AUGGCUCCCGGUAACAGGAAGGCGUCCACUACGGCGGAGGUGGUCCUUGUUCCACUCAAGAAUUGUCUUGCUAACUUGCCGCCGUCGCUGGUGGCAUUGUUGGUGAACGCGAAUACGUGGCCUAAGGGUUCUUUGUUUCGCAGCCUGCCCAAAACGUCGUUGUCGAGCUUCAAUACCGCCCCGCAUCCAGCACAUCGACUGCGAGCCAGCCGCAAAAAUGCGCAUACGUGGGUUGGACAGGCCGGCUUGCUGUUGCAUCUUGACCCUUUAGUGGCGCAUACUGUUAAUAUUGAACCUUUAACACCAGCUGAUUGGGAGAUUAUUGAACUGCAUGCUACAUUCCUAGAGCUUAAUCUCUUGUCUCAAAUUCGGGCUCUUCCAAAUCCGGCGUACAGUGGUACAACAGUUGGGCAGAUAUCGCAUUCCCAUCCCCUCACUUUACACCUAUCACCCACCUCCACGGCCAACAUCACAAUCACAUCUCUGACACCGCCUGCACCUGCGAACUCUCCAUUUGCAAAAAUCGCACAAGAUGCUGAAGUUGUAGUUGCUCCAAAAAUUCGCCCAAAGUCCGGCGGGCAUUCACGCAGCGAGAAUAGAAGCAUCACUAGUACUGGUCGGAAAAGCGUAAGCGGUCGCAGUAGUGGGGGCACUGUCCGCCCAAAAAGCAACCAUUCUGAUUCAGCGUCGCACGGUGCAGUCUACCUUCGAAGCGUGGAUCGGCGCCACAUGCAGGAUUGGUUCGACGAGGAUUCGGAUACCCAGAAAAACGAAGGGUUUAGGAUAUGGAUUGAUCGAGGGAUCCUUGAGAAAAAUGAGCUCCGGGGAACAGUAUGGGCAUGCGUUUCAAUUGUUACCCCGGCCGGAUUACUUCCACCUGUUGAUCCACAACAGCAGCUGCAGAAAAAGGAGCAGGAGUCUUCCGAUGCCGGAAAGCCUUCGAAGAAAAUUGUUGCCAGAGUUCUACCUUGGCAUGAGAGUCCUGAUUGUCAACAUGUCGCUCUUUCAUCCCAUCUCUGCUCCGCACUUGGAUCCGAUGGAAUGGUUGGAGGAAUUGUCCGUGUUGAGGCCGCUCCGCCUCAAAUUCCACACUCUUCGGUAAAAUCCAUUAAAAUUUUUCCUUUCGCCUCCAGCUUUUCUAACAAGAAAGAUGGGUUAAAAUUCGGUGGUGAUUCCUCUGCUUACCGGGAUUCGUUGGGUGAACGUAUCAAGCUCUUGUAUGGCAGUCCGGGAUCUGAUUCAGAGAUAACAAAACCGCAGGACAGUGUCCCGUCCUUCGCUCCAUCGAUUGACCCGAUCCCGGAUGACGCGCCUGAUUUGGUGGGAAUAGACACAGUUAUCGAAAAUUGCCUCUCAAAUCUUACUCGAUCGUCCUCGAUUCUUCUCACCGGUGGAUUAGGUGCUGGCAAAACAUCCUUGUGUCAGUUGUUAGCUCACAAUUUACGCGAGGAUUACCUUUUUAACGUGUCUUUCUUCUCUUGCCGCAAGCUGGUGACGGACGAAACACGCAUCUCUACAAUUAAGGAAACGUUCCAUCGGCUCUUCCUGUCAGCGUCUUGGUGUGCGCGACAGGGUGGCCAGUCUCUUGUGAUUUUGGAUGACCUGGACCGUCUCUGCCCGGUAGAAACAGAACUUCAGGUUGGCGGCGAGAAUGGAAGGAGUCGCCAAAUUAGCGAGAUUGUUUGUUUAACUGUACGAGAAUUUUGUUCAGCCAACUCCUCUGUCGUGUUACUUGCAACGGCACAGGCGAAGGAGUCACUCAACAAUGUUAUUGUUGGAGGCCAUGUCGUUCGGGAAAUCAUUAGUUUGAAGGCGCCAAACAAGGAUGGAAGAAGAAUGGUUCUUGAAAAAUUAACAGCGGCAGAUGGACCAGUUACAAGAUUCCAGAAUGUGGUCAAUGGUCAUUUAAGAAACCAAAGUUCAUCCACUCAAGACUCCUGGCUCGAACCAUCAGAUCCCGGCAGCCGACCUGGUUCAUCGGGACAGUCUGAUGGUUUUAUCCUUAGCCGAGACCUGGAUUUCCUUGACUUAGCUGGGAAGACAGACGGAUACAUGCCUGGUGACCUCGUUCUGCUAACCGCUCGCGCCAGAAAUGAAGCUUUGAUCCGUUCAGUUCAAGAUACAUCAUCCACUUCCUGUGCGAUCACACUAGGCACGCAAGAUUUCUCCCACGCACUCAAGGGCUUCACACCUGCUUCUCUCCGUAACGUGACCCUGACAUCCUCCUCAACCGCUUUUGCGUCAAUUGGCGGUCUUCAUGAAACCAGAAAAACUCUCCUUGAAACCCUGCAAUAUCCCACCACAUAUGCCCCAAUAUUCGCUCAGUGUCCACUCCGUCUACGUUCCGGCCUUUUGCUAUAUGGGUUCCCAGGCUGCGGAAAAACCCUUCUUGCAAGUGCGGUGGCAGGGGAAUGCGGGCUCAAUUUCAUCAGUGUAAAGGGUCCCGAGAUCCUCAACAAAUAUAUUGGUGCAAGUGAAAAGAGUGUCCGCGACUUGUUUGAGAGAGCAGAGGCUGCUAGGCCCUGUAUCCUGUUCUUUGACGAAUUUGAUAGUAUCGCGCCAAAACGGGGACAUGACUCUACCGGAGUUACUGACAGAGUGGUCAAUCAGCUUCUUACUCAGAUGGACGGGGCGGAGGGUCUUUCAGGUGUAUACGUCCUAGCGGCCACAUCUCGACCGGACCUUAUCGAUCCCGCAUUACUCCGCCCCGGACGCCUGGAUAAGUCGCUUCUGUGUGACAUGCCCUCCCACUCGGACCGAGUGGAUAUCGUCCAGGCGUUGAGUAAGCAACUCAAGCUUAGCGAGGAAGUAAUCGCGCGUGUCGACGAAAUUGCAGAUCGGACUAAAGGAUACUCUGGCGCCGACCUGCAGGCGGUUGUUUACAACGCACACCUCGAAGCAAUCCACGACGCGCUAGGUGACCGAUCUUCUGACUCCAAUAAUCCCCAAAAUAGGCCGAAACGACCAGCAAUUACAAAUGGGGUCAUCCCAGUCGUCAAUGGCAAUACCAAGGCCAGCACAGAAAAGAUCGACAAGAAACCCUUCAUACAAUUUCUCUACUCAUCAGAUGAACAUGCUACAGCGGUAGCUUCUCGAACACGUUUAAUAGAAGGAUCCGCAUCGUCUCUACCACCUCCCGCUAUCGUUGCUGCGAAACUCGACGCAAUUAAACAAGCCCGUAAACGCCAGCGCCAAUGUCAACAAGAACUAGAGGCAUCAGAUCAGUUAGUUAAUGCUGCUUCUCUCGGUGCCAAUGGCGCGACUGCUGCGGAUAAAGAUGCCAGUGACGACAUCUAUAUUUGCUGGACCCACAUGGAGCGAUCCCUCGCAACCACUCGUUGUUCCAUUAGUGACGUAGAGCGCAACCGCCUCGAAGCUAUUUACAAAGAAUUUAUUGUUGGGAGGAACGGGGAGAUGCCUACCGGUGAGGGCGGGCGGGAGAUUGGAGGAAGGACGAGUUUGAUGUGA